ACUGUGCCGGCGCCCAGCGCACUUCCGGCCGCGGGGAGGCGGGAACGUCAACCGUCAACGUCCAACGGUCAACCGUCACUGCGGGAACGUCCCGUUGAUAGAAUAAUCAAAAUGGAAAACUUUAUCCUCUAUGAAGAAAUUGGGAAAGGAAAUAAAUCUACUGUUUACAAAGGCAGAAGAAAAGGAACAAUUAAUUUUGUAGCUAUUUUAUGUAUUGAUAAAUCAAAAAGACCAGAGAUCACUAACCGGGUACGACUUACUCAUGGUAUUGAACACCAGAACAUCGUAUCGUUUCAUGAGUGGUAUGAGACGAGCAAUCACCUAUGGCUUGUGGUGGAACUGUGCACAGGAGGUUCACUGGCAAUGAUUAUUGCCCAAGAUGAAUAUUUACAUGAGGAUGUAGUUCGAGAGUUUGGCGUUGAUCUGGUGAUGGGUUUGCACAAAAUCCACAAGUUGGGCAUUGUAUUUUGUGAUCUUAACCCUGCUAAGAUACUGGUUGAUGGGCCAGGCACUCUGAAGUACAGUAACUUCAGCCUCGCCAAGGCCGAAGGGGAGAAUCUCGAGGAAUUCUUUGCACUGAUUGAUACAGAUGACGAUACAGGCGAAAACAAGGAAGAAACACAAAACAAAUCCAGAAGUCGAACUCGAGGGUCCACAAUAUAUAUGGCGCCUGAAGUUUUGAAAGGUGAAGACAGUUCACCAGUCAGUGAUUUGUGGUCCCUGGGCUGUGUACUGUACGAAAUGUUUACAGGAAAACCACCAUUUUUCUCAGAAAACUUGUCGGAGUUGACGGAGAUGAUUUUGCAUGAAGAUCCUCCACCACCCAAACCUCAAGGACCGACAGGAGAAAAACCUUCGGCUGAGUUUCUUGGUUUGAUUGAAGACUUGCUUCAGAAAGAGCCUUCAAAAAGAGUAAAAUGGAGUUGCCUGUUGGAGCAUCCUUUCUGGCGAGUGGCCUUCACUGGAUUUGAUCAGGCUCUCAGUGACGAUGAGAACAGUAGCAGCAGUGUAAGUAAUGAGGUCGUUUCCUCGGUCACUGCUACUGAGCAACAACAGAGCAGAGAAAACAAACGUCUGCAAGCGUCAAGAAUUCAAAUGAACAGCAGCCAACAACUGAAGUCAUACAAACUAGAAAAUCCUACUGAUUUGCAGCCAAAGAAUGUGCUGGACAUGAAUUCCAAGGAGUCCAUCUUCUUACUCAGCUCCCAUCCAACACCACGAAGCAGCUUGAAUGUAAACCAGAACAACAUUGCACCACAGACUGAUCGACCAAAAAGUGCCUCCAUUUCAGUACAGGAUAUGAACUCACAGAUCAAGGCACUUGUGUACACAGAUGCUGAUCUUAUCGUGACGCCAAUUAUGGACAAUCCCAAGAUAUUGAAGCCGGUGCCCUCGAAGUUCGAUGCUAAAACUCUCGGUGUCCCAGCCUAUUCGGCUGAGAAACUGUUGUCGUUGGGGGCCGAGGAUUGGAAUCUUUUCCUGCAGCAGCUGUACUCACUGGUCGAUGUUGGGGAGAAGGUCACGGGGCCAUCGAGAGCCAAGCUCAACUUACUGUGUUAUCUCUGUAUGCUCGCCAGUCACCGGGAAGUGGCCACAAGACUGAUGGACUCACAGCUGUUCCUGAUGUUAACACAGCAACUGCGCACAGCUCCAAACUGGGAUAUUCGUGCUAAAAUGGUUCGUCUGAUCGGCUUGCUGGCCUGCCACACUACUCAAUUGAAGGAUGAUGUCCCAAUAACUGAAACAAUCACCAUAAUAACAGAGUUGAUUCGAGAGAACUUUCGGAACACCAAACUGAAACAAUGCCUCUUACCUGCUCUGGGAGAACUUAUGUACCUUGUGGCCAUCCAGGAGGAGAAAGGAGCCCACUGGACCAUCCCCCCUGCCGCCCACGCCAUGGUCAUGAGAUGUAUCCGGGAAGGGGGAGAUCCUGUUACCAACCAUUUAGCAGCAAAGAUUGUGGAGAGCGUCUGCACCACAAGCUCAUCGGCAGCUCAAGGGUUUGUGACUGGGGAGAUUGGCCAGUUGCUGUGGUACCUGUUUACACACUCCACUGUGGACUCGUUACGUGUGACAGCCAUCUCGGCGUUGUGCAGGAUCAGCCGCCAUUCUGCCUCUGCUUUUCAAAGUGUUAUUGAGAAGGUGGGCCUGACUGCUGUGCUGAGCUCCCUGCAGGCAGGACUCAGCCGAAUCCAGCAGUGCAUCUUGACCAUGCUUGUUGCAAUGCUCUCGUCUGGCGUGCACUUGCAUAGAUUUGUGCAGGAGAAGGAUUUUGUCACCAAAAUUGUCCGUUUAUUGGAAAGUCCUUGGACAGUAAUUCGAGCCAAAGCUUUUCUGGUCUUAUUGGAAGUUUUAAGGAAUAACAAGGAGAUGCUGCUGCUUUGUUGCCAGACAAGGUUAGUGAUGUAUAUUGAACGAGACAGCAGGAAGGGGAAGGAACAGCAAAACAGCAAUAAAUACCUGUCCAAGUGUCUGGAUCUGCUAGUCUGUCACAUCAUCCACCAAUUACCCGGGAUCAUAGGUAGUGUGCUUUCUGCUUUGCGUAAUGUUUCUGGGCGCAAACAUCCAUCAACCGUUCAAGCCAAACAGUUGAGGACAUGUCUUCCAAUGUUGUCUGUGAUGCUCCAUCUCGUGACCGCGCAGGUGUUUAGACCACACAUUAUUAAUGAGGAAUUUCUCAUCAACUGCGGAGCACUGCUUAGUCACAUCAAAUCUAUUGAUUCCGGAGAAACAAAUUUAGAGAAUGCAGUGGGUCAGACUGGUUCGGAAGAAUUCAUCAGGAUAGUCUUUUCAUCGUGGGAGGCAGUGACACAACACCCACUGCUGCUGUCUUCACAUCUGCCCACAAUUGUGGACUGGGUGCUCCCUCCCCUGGUGUCUCUGGUGCUGGGUCAGAAUGUGGAGUGGCGGGUCUUUAGCCUGCGCUUGCUGUUGGAGACAACGUCUCUCGUGGCGAACCACGAGGCCACGUCAGGAGAGGAAGAGGAGCACCUCGCUACGAACAACAAGUGGCUGACCCUCAUCCGGGAGUCGCUGCUACCUCAUUAUGAGCAGAUCUUGAUGGAACCUGAUCCGGUGCCACUCUAUGCCCUGAAGCUGCUCAUCACCCUCACUGACUACAGCCCUCUCUUCAUAAGAUUGAUUGAAGAAAGUCAGAUUGUGCCCAGUCUUUUCCAUGUUAUAUUGGAACAACAGGACAACCUUGUGGGCACUGCCAUGCAGAGUGUGGUAUUACUGCUCAACAACCUCGUUGCUUAUAAAGAUGUCAACAUGAAAGCGCUCUACGAACAAGGUCUCGUGGAUCACAUCCGCAACUUGAUCAUUGAAGCCACUGGCCUCUACCUUGAAAUGGAUGAUAAACGAAGUGUGAAGACCAGUAGCAAUCUGCUCUUAACUCUCAUUGAUAUUUUACACAGCAUGCUGAAACACGUCUCCAAUAUUGUCCGCUUGGCUUUGCAGGCACAAAAGUCUGGCACAGGAGGGAACACCCAGGCUGCUGAAGACCUUCUGCUUAUCAAUAAACCACUGACCGACUUAAUUAGCCUGCUCAUUCAACUGAUCUGCAGUGAGGAUGUAGACGUGAGUGAGUGUGCCCUGCUGCCCCUGUCUCUCAUGGUGCAGCUGUACGGAGGUGAACAUCACCAGAGCCUAACCUCACAAAAUGUGGCCUCACUUGCUGAAGCACUGAGAAGCAGCAGACACCCAAAGCAGCAGAAACUUCUACUGAGGGUCAUCAAACGGCUGGUGAGCGAGAGCGAGAGGCGGGGAGGAAGUCUGUGGAGAGAGGGAGACGCUCUCAUUGAAGCCCUUCAAAGCCUGAGCCGCACUGCCAGUUCUCACACUGACAUUGGCAUCGCUUGGCUGGCAGCAGAGAUCCUGAGAAUCAUUGGUCUGUGAGCUGAGCUUCACACUGCUGCUCACCAUCGAGGCCGGAACUCACUCACUGUGCGACCGGGAUCCGUGCUGUUGACAAGAGUACGGUGGAGGUAGAGGCGAUCCAUCCAUCGCAGUGGGCAUCAACUGGCUUUGUCCAGGCCACACGAGAAGCACUAAAACACCAGCGUUCUCUUCAAGCAAGCCAGACCGUGCAGGAGUCACCCGAGAGUCCGACAGCACAGAAACAGGCCCUUCGGCCCAGC